AUAGGUUAGUAUCACUGAUCACCGGUCAUACACAAACUCAUUAUUAUUAUAUUAUAUAACUAAUCAUAAAUAAGAGGUUUUACUGUCAACCCAAAAGCAACUCAUUAUAUUAGUAAAGGUCGUAGAAAAUCCUUCAGCAAACUACAUUUUGAACUAGUUUUAAAUUAUUUAAUCUGGUGUUAUAAAUUCCAUAAAAGAUAAAACAUGUUUGGUGCAGCAGCAGUUAUUGAUAGUGCUUUGCUAACUAGCAAAGUUAGGGGUUGCUUGGUUGGAGCACUUCUAGGGGACUGUCUUGGUAGCCCAUAUGAAGGUGACAGCAAUAUAUCAAAAUCUGUCUUGCAAAACUACUUUGACAAACUCAGUGGACCUUAUUUUAAAAGUCCAAUGAAAAUGUAUACAGAUGAUACAGCUAUGAGUAAGUGUAUAUCUGAGUCAUUAGUUGCUAAAAGAGAUUUGGAUUGCAAGGACUUGGCAAAAAGGUUUGUUGCAGAGUAUUUUAAACAACCAAAACGUGGUUAUGGCCAGAAUGUGGUGGAAGUAUUUUAUAAAUUGAAAAAUGAGAAGUAUGAAGAUAUUUGGCGUCCAGCAAACCAACAGUUUAACGGUUCCGGGUCUUAUGGCAAUGGAGGUGCCAUGAGGGUGGCCCCUGUAGCUUUGUUCUUUCGAGACAAUUAUGACAAGAUGAUAGAGGCAGCCAGACAAGUGACUCAGCUCACCCAUUCAAACCGGCUUGGUGUCAACGGUGCACUUUUGCAGUGCAUAGCUGUUCAUCUAAGUCUUCAACUACCACCUUCUUCUCUCUUGAACGUUACAGAUUUUUCUUCAGUGCUAAUGGAAAAAAUUAGUGAUAUUGAAAAAUCAGAUAAAAUAGAGGAGUUUGAAGUGCAACAACCAUACACUGAAAAACUGAAGGUGAUGGAUCGUCUGCUACAGGAGGAUGUAGUGCUAGAUGAGGAGGUAGAACAGAUGCUAGGUACCAGCAUCGCAGCCUUACACUCCGUACCUACUGCCAUAUACUGCUUUCUGCGCUCUCAGAAACCCAUACCUAAAAUUCAGCAGACAGACUGCCCAUUCAGACGCACUAUCCAGUACGCUAUCUCACUGGGAGGUGAUACAGACACUAUCGCUAGCAUGGCUGGGGCCAUCGCUGGGGCUUAUUAUGGAAUUGAUGUCAUCAAUGAGAGUUUACAGAAACACUGCGAGUUUGUUGAAGAAACCAUAACACUUGCAAGCCAAAUUGUUGACAUUUCUUCUGUUAAACAGACUUAAUUUUGUUGUGACAUGUACAUUAUCAAUGUUGUUUCCUAGAUGGAGUUUUUUGACUGUUUAUUUGUCACAUUACUGCAAAGAAAACUAAUAAAUAUAUUAAAUAUG